CUUUUUCUUUCCCUUUUCUUCUUCCUUCCCCUGAUUCUUUUCUUUUCCUUUCUUUUGAUAAAUAGAAAAAAAAUAAAAAAAAAAAUGUCGGUUUAUAACCAUCAUGCCAUGUUACCACCUUCUGCCGCCACGGCUUCUGCCAAUAAUGCUGCUUCAUCUGCUGCUGCUGCUGUAACAGGCGCUACACCUUGUAUAUCAAGAGUAACCAAUACUUUAGAUAAGAUCAGACAAGAAUUCGAUCAUUUACAUCAACAAAAUAUGUACAAUAAGACCCAAAAAGAUGAUUACGAAAAUAAGAUUGCUCUACAAAUCAAAGAAAUGCAGAAAUUCCAGCAAACCAUCUAUGAAAUGGAAAGAUCACAUCAAGCAAUGAAAAGGCAAUACGAAGAUCAAAUAGCACGCUUACGUCAACAAAUCGACGCUUAUUCAGUGAAUCACUUAUCCAUACAACAUCAACAGCAACAAGGUCGCCAACACUCUCCAUUACCUUUCCCACCGCCCUCUACUUCAUCUUCUGUCUCAGCAUUGAGGGCUGAGUUACCGCAGAUACCAAACCACUUGGGAGCCUCUCCCAUUACAUCCUCAACUACAUUACAACAACAGCAUAAUAGACAUGGUAGCCCAAGAAUGGCCGCUCCACCUACUACCACAAAUACCAAUGCUGCAGCAGGUUUAGUGUCUGCCAAUACACCAUCUUCUUCUAUGACUACAGCAACAACAAUGACUACCGCCACUACGACCACAGCUUCUUUAGUCGACAUCGAUCCACUGACUUUACCUGAUUCAUUAAAAAUGGAAGGCUCAGAUUGGUUUGCUAUUUUCAACCCCAAGAUUCAUCGAACACUCAGCGUCAAUUUAUACAAUUCAAUCCAUCAUAAAAGUGUGGUUUGUUGUGUGAAGUUCAGUCUUGACGGCAGAUAUUUAGCAGCGGGCUGUAAUCGAGUGGUUUAUAUCUACGAUGUCCAUCAUCCGAAUGGUCGAAUUAUCGUCUUACAAGACCAUAAUCUGCCCGAAGAGGGUGACCUGUAUAUACGAUCUGUAUGCUUCAGUCCAGAUGGAAGAUAUUUAGCUACAGGAGCUGAGGAUAAAUUGAUCAGGAUUUGGGAUAUCGCGGCUCAACGUAUAACCAGUGUUUUACAAGGUCAUGAACAAGACAUUUAUUCGUUGGAUUUUAGUCGUGAUGGUGCCUUGCUCAUUUCAGGAUCAGGUGAUCGUACAACACGGAUAUGGAACAUGGCUGAUAUGAGUUGUCGCCAUAUUUUAUCUAUCAAGGACUAUCAUCAGAGUAAAGAUCCCGGUGUUACUAGUGUAGCCAUCUCCAACAGCGGUCGAUUAAUUGCUACAGGUAGCUUGGACAAGAUGGUGCGUAUCUGGGAUGCGUAUACAGGACAUUUACUUGAGAAACUGGAAGGCCACAAGGACAGUGUUUAUUCUGUUGCAUUUAUGCCUGGUGAUAAUGAAGUCGUGAGUGGAAGUUUGGAUAGAACACUCAAAUUAUGGCGCUUAGGAACAGCGAAUAGUAGUCAAUCGUGCAAAAUGACAUUCACCGGCCACAAAGAUUUUGUAUUGUCUGUUACUUGUUCGCAUGACGGAAAAUGGAUCAUUUCGGGUUCCAAAGAUCGUACCAUUCACUUUUGGGAUCCUAAUACCGGAUUACCGCUUUUUAUGCUUCAGGGACAUAAAAAUUCAGUUAUAUCGGUUGCUGUUAGUACAAAUGGAAAGCUAUUAUUUGCUUCUGGUUCUGGAGAUAAUUAUGCUCGAUUAUGGCAGAUUUUGUAGCUUAGCCCGGAGGAAGAAGGAAAAGAAGAAAAA